GGAUGGAUGCCGCGCAAAGAGGACGCUUGAUUCAUAUUUACUCGGCUUUGAUUUGGCUUUUCAAGCCGUCGUUGACUAUUCCAAUUACAUGCAGCAGUCAACAUAUGUUCCUCAACGUUGCAACUGACUGAAGGACUCGCCUUUUCCUUUGCACAAUCCCGUCAUACCUCUCUUGCUUCCAGAAAUAAUCUAUACUUGGGUCAACAAUCAUUCGAUGUGGUUCGACUAGUAUACUUAUUCGCUGGACUCAGUCAUACCAUGCCAUCCCUAUUAGAGAGGUUAAUCUUCGCCUGUAGGUUCAAGGCCGCUCUACAUACUACCACGCUUGUUUCUGCCUUUCUCCGCAGCACUUCACAAUGAAUCACCCAGGAAGUGAAUGUGAAGUGGUUCAAAUUCUACCUGCUGUUACAACCUUAGCAGAGAUCUCCGAUCGGUGUGUUUUACACGCUGGCACUGGGCACGACUCGAAGGCUUGGCUUGUAGCCGACGUUUUCCAAAUCCCUCCGAGCACUGCACUGAGGUUAUUGUGCUCCAGCAUCGAAAUCCUCUUGAAAUCAUCCUCGGAAGAUCCACACUUUUCUCAAAUACUCGCCGCGCCUCCCGGUGUUCGGACACCCGGUGACAACAUCUCUAGUGGCGAGACCACACCCAUUAGAGCCUCCGAAUUGCAUUGCUUUCCAGCUAAUGACGAGAAAUUGGGGCACGACCUUGUUCAACAGAGUGUGCUUUCCAAGAGGUUUCUGUCGAAGCGGGUACCACCGAUCACUCUGAGAGAUUACCUACUACGCCUUCACCAAUAUUGCCCCAUGUCCACAGGCGUUUAUCUGGCUACUAGCAUGUAUAUCACCAGAAUGGUUAAUACUGAGAAAGUGAUACAGGUCAAUGGAAGGAAUAUGCACCGUCUAGUUCUUGCUGGGCUUCGAGUUGCAAUGAAAACUUUGGAAGACCUAAAUUAUCCACACAGCCGGGUUGCUAAGGUUGGCGGAGUGACCGAACGUGAGCUGUCGAAACUCGAAGUCAGUUUCUGCUUUUUGGCAGAUUUCGAUCUACGGGUUGAUGCGCACAUGUUAUCUGAGCAGGCAAGGCUACUUCAAGCCGGAUUGGAUAUUACUGGCGACAAUCCCCCCGAAGCAGUUGAGGGCUUCUCAUGCCAAGAGUGAGGGCAUGUUGACUGCUUUCCUUGCUACGACUUACGCUGUGCUUGUCAUGGAAGAACGACGUACGUUUGCUCAGCAUCUCGGAGGAUGAUUUUGCAU